UCCCACCACCCUCCUCCCUUUUCUUCUUUGAGUCAAAUACCAGUGUCUCUUUAGUAAGAGAAUAAGAUUUGUAGAAGAGAGAGAGAGAGAGAGGCGCUCUGUGCGAUGGUUCCAUUCACCUGCAUUGUGGCCCCGUGGAAUCGUAGGGAAGAAAGUGUAUUUACUUCUUGCGUUAGUGUUUAUUUGUUUUAGUGUUUCGCGCGUGUAUAUCAGCGCAGACGUCUGCGAGCGUGUCUGUGUGUUAUUCCACUAUAUCUGCCACUACAAGUCUUUAUUCAAUGUGUUUAUUUGGUUACUGUGGAUUACUGCUGUCAUUCUAAAUUACCUUACUGUUUUAUUGGGAGUAUUUCUUGCUGAGUGAGAUAAAAAAAAAAUUAACAGCAACAACACGGCGACGGGAGUUUGCCUGUCAAUCAAACAGCAUCUACAUCUCGAUCUACCUGUGGACGCUCGGCCCUAUCACAUUGCGAUGUCUGCUCGUACCAUACCCCAGUCAUUGAUGCAGUGAUCCGCUGUUAUAUGUUCAAAAAAUGUAACAGGAUUUUUCCCAGGUUUACAUAUUUAAAAGCAUUAAGUGCCAAGUGAUUUAAACAAGUGAAAUUAUUCAUUUUUUGAGAUAAUUUGUGGAUUUUUUGUUCUAAUUAUUCAAAUAUUGUACAAAAAAUUGUGAUUUUCAUAAUUUAUGGAUAUAAGUUUGAUUUAGAAUAUAGAGAAAUAUAUAGAUGUAGAUAACAUCUUUAUAUAUCGUAAUCAUUGUUUUUGAGGAUUAGCAAAAUUAUAAAUUCUGAACUGGAUUUAUGAACAGCAAUAAAACUUUUCAUUCUUUUGGAGCAAAAUCAAAAUCUACGUCUAAAAAGGUUAUUGGUUCAUGUCAAUGUCCUUAUUUAAACAACAAGUUUGAUAACGAUAUAGAGUCUACAUCUAGAUCUACAUCACUUUGUAUUCAAUAUCAACAUCAACAUCUAGAUCUAGAUCUAUAACGAUAUAGAGUCUAGAUCUAAAAGUUUAUACAAUAUCUAGAGAAUCUAGACUCUAGUCUAGAAUCUAGAUCUAACAAGCAGUAAAGCCUAUGCUAUUCGGACUUGUGCGUUCAAAUCUUUGUGUAAUUCUUCAGAUAAUGGACAUGUGAUUUUAUAUGAUGGUUUAUGAUUCUGUGUCCAAUACAUUGGCCAUAAGUUAUUCUAGGUCUGUCCACUCCAGCGCGGCCUCCUGCACCUGUUUCGGAUUACUUUGGAUUUAACUUCAGCACAUUCUGAGUCGAGUUGUAGGUACUGGUCACUGAACUGACCAUUCACUGGUAGAGGGGUGAGCUGAGUGAUGGUUCAGGUUCCAGAAACCAGUACACUAUACACUUGGAGAAUGACCUGGGUAGUGCAUUAUUUACUACUUCUGUUGCCCACUGCCCUGUCCUACGUAGACAGUGGACGUACGCUGCCACCCGUUUAUUGGAAUUCUACUAAUUCACUGUUCCAGGACAGCAGUGAUCACGUGAUAGAAGUGAACAUAGGAGACUCCCUGGAAAUAGUCUGCCCGUUUUACAAUAGCAUGUCAAUGCAAGGCAACUGGGAGUACUAUCUGAUUCAAAUGGUCACUCAGGACAGCUACGACGUCUGCAUUAUUGAUGACACGAAAAAAGCCAACCCUAUCCUCAACUGCAGCAACCCGGAGCAGAGGAAGGCGUUCACCCUGCUGAUCUUUGAGUUCCAGCCCAUCCCUGGCAUUCCAGACUUCCAAGCAGGGAAUAGCUACUAUUUCAUAUCAACUUCCCAUGGUACGCUGUACACUUUAAACAAUCAGUUCGAAGGAGUCUGCAAGUCACACCACAUGAAGAUGGUGCUUAAAGUUUUGCCUAAAUCCACGGACACGAAUAAAGGUAAUACUAAUGUCAACACUGGCAGCCAGGACACGGUUACUACCAAGCCCACGUCAGCCACGACCACAACUACAACCACCACGACUACAACCACGACGACAACCACAACAACCUCCGCCACCACAACAAGCAGCACAAAUCGUCGUACUCAAACAGUGAAGGAAAAUGAAGAUUUAAUUCCUGGGUCAGAAGGAUUUCCCUCCGACGACACAGUCAUAAAAAGCAGAGACAACCCUAAUAUUAAUUCUGGCAUCAUCGCAGAUGCAGGCAAGAUAGAGAACUCUGCCCCCUGUUUAUCCUGCCACAGCAUCAGCAGUUUAGUUUCCUGUAUAGCAUUUAGUGUUCUAUUAACUUUGACCUUAUUAGCAUGCUAGUACCUGCGAUGUAUUGAGAAUGACAGCAGUGAGUUAGAUUGGAUGAUUCUCUGAAUGAUUCGAUAUGUCAGACGUGUCAUAUUAAAACAAAUAUAACCUUUUUGUUUUAUUUUUUGUACCUGUUCAUUCCAGUGAUUUAACACAGGGGGGGAUGUUAACGAAAAUUCAUUCACGAUGGUUGAGUAUGAACUUGUUAACAAUUCAUUCUAAAAAAAAUGGCUGAUGGCGGAUAAUUUGUUUGAUUCAUUACGUUUCACGGAAUUCAUCCACAUUGGCCUUGCUUUCCAAUGUUAACCCCAUAUUGGCCCAUGAAUGGAAUGUUCACAUUAAGAAUGACGUUGAGAGAGGGGGUGGGGAGAACAUAGAGAUAUGUAUAUUUUUUAUUGUUGAUGUUUUCAACACAAAUCUAAGCUUGCUGAAUGCCAACAGAUUUCUAUGAUGUCACUACAUUCAUUCCCAUGUCAUCCUAGUUGUCCUUGCUAAUGGACAUGUUGUUUCUCCUGAGGGCAGAAACUUAAGAGGCUCUUAGGGAAAUAAAGUGUGGUUGUAGUCUAGUGAAAAACAAAAAUGUAUAAACUUCUUUAGCCUGUCAUUAGUAACUACAGACAUGGGCCAAUUAUUUUUUAUUAUUUUAUAAAUGACAUAUUCUAUUGCCUGGCUACAAUUACAAUACAAAAUGUUGCAGUAAGUUUAAAUAUAUAGAUACAAUUUUUGAUGAUUGUACAUCAGUAGUAUAUAUUUCCGAAAGUAAAAUAAUGAAAAGUUUUGUUUUGUUUGAAAUGUUUAGAAAUAUUUUAGGAAAGGCACUUAAACCAUUGUCUGUAGUUAUGCCCUCUGUUAUUCCAGUUUUUAUGAAAUCCAUUUAAGGCUUUACUGUUUCAUCAUUUGUCUCUGUCUUACGCUUUUUUUUUUUUAAAAUUUUAUUUCAUUUUUUCCCCCUUAUAUUCACAAAAAAAGCCAAACAGUUUUCACAUCCUUGUUGAAUAUUGCCUCCCUUUAUCUUAAUUAUCUCCUCUUGUCUAAAUCUUACAUAUAGUCUUGCAGAUUUUUUUUUUUUUUUGUUUUUCUGUUUGUUCUGUUUAAUCAUUGUGAUAAUUUUUUUCUUGUCUAUUUAUUAUCACCAAAAUUUUUAAACAAUGGUUUCUUCAGUCUGUGGACUGUUUAAUUUUUAUAUCAACUUCUUUUAGAGAAAUUAAAUUUACAUUUUUUUAAAAAUAAUUUGUGAAAAUAUCAGAUAGGUUUAUUCUAGGUGAAAAACUUCUGUACAAAAUUGUCUGAUCAUAUUUGGCAAGUUACUUCAUGUAUAUCGAAUGUAGAUCUAGUUUAAAUAUUUAACUAAUCCUAACUUUGGCUUUGAGAAUUUUAGCUUACUUUAACGUCCAGCUGUUACUAGCAUUAUCUACGACAGUAGCCAUAUUUGUUUCCAGUUUUUGUUUUCUUUUCUACUGUGUCAAAAACAAACUUACAAUUAUUUAAAAACAUUCACACAUCACAAGAAAGGAAACAAAAUAACUUCAACUUCUUGCCCACCAACAAUGCCUUACAGCGUUUUUUUUUUUUUUUUUGCAUUAUCUAUAAAUUUUAAUGUAUACAUAUAUUGUAUGGAUAUAAUUAUAUUGUAGGAAUUAUCUCCUUCUGCUACAUUGUCAUUUUAUAUAAAUAUUCCAGAAUAUCAUGUUUUAUUUGUAGUUUUUUUUUGAGUUUCUAAAAUUUAUAUAAUUCUAUUAAUUUUGUUACCAUUAUGUUUCAGAGUAAGCAUUUUUUUUUUUUUAAAUAUUAAAUUAUUUUGCUACAAGAUAAUAGUUUGAUUUUUUACAUUUUUGUUAAGCUUUGUUAAUGAUAAAGAAUAAUUAGUUACUUGAGAUUUUCAAACAAAAAAUUUUUAACAUCUUAUUUUUAAAUAUUUUUUUCUUCUCCACAUUUUUACAUUAUUGUACAUACUCAUUAUUGCAUACCUAUAUACGUUUCUAUGUAAUCACCCAGGUGAACUUGUAUAAUAUGAUCCUAGUUGUUACCAUGGUAACAGCUUUCUUUACUUGCCAACCACUAUUGUGAUUUUUAAACUAAAAUAAUUUCACUGUUGUCGAAUGUAAUUUUGUAAAAGAAUUUUUUUUUAUGACACCACUCCCCAGACACACAGCCCCCUCUUUGCCUCCAUUUAUGUUUCUGUACUGUCAAACACAUUCAUUGAACUGACCAAUCAAUUUGCUUCUUUGUUAUUGAAUGAUGUAAAAACUAAAAAUCACAUGAGAGUUUCUGACCAAUGAUUGAACAUAUUUAUGAAUCUGUGAUGAUGAUUGGGUGUAAAUUAGUUGCGUGCCAGAUUUUUUUCCUCAAAAUUCUUUCAUUGUGUCUGUUUGUUUAUAAGUGUAGUUGUGUGUGUGUGUGUAAGCAUGUAAAAUUGCAACAUGUUGCAAAAUCUGUUUUAGGUCUUAAUUUGUAUGUACAGCUUAUUGAUUUUUUUUUCUUCAUGUUUUCAUACAAAAAUAUUUGUAUAAAAAUUUUGAACAUUAAUACCAAAUGGAAUAAUUUUAUUUUUAAGCUUUUUUUAAGUAGAAUCAUUUAUUAAUCAUAUGGUUGUUAAGUUAAUAAUAUAGUAAGAAUAUAUAUUUUGUAUUCAUUAAUUAAUUUCAGAAUUUAAUGUUACUACUAUUUCAUUUGUUAAACCUUAACUUUGACUGGUCAUUGAGCUUCAAUUAAUGUGUUUUAAACAUUUUUUCUUUAUGUUAACCUGCACUGAACUAUACAAGUUUGACUUUGUUACUCCAGAAUGUAACGUUUUGUGUGUUUGUGAUAUGUUUUAUUGUUUUUGUACAGAUUAGAAAGAAGGUUGGCUGUUUUAUGGGGGCGACAGCAAACACUACACAAAAGUAAUUUAUUCAGAAGUGGGAUGGGGAGGGGGGGUCAGUGUUACUGUAAAUAGACUGACAAUAACAAGACAAGGAAGUUACGUCAACUAAAUGAAUGAUUGUCUCUUGGAUUCAAUGUAACAUAAUAAUUGCAUCUUGUGGAUUGAAUCGGAUUGACUUGGGUUGAAUCUGAUUGACUUGGAAUUGAAUCGGAUUGAUUUGAAUGGAAUGAAGUUUGAAUGUUUGCAGUGGAGUGAAUGUGAAAACGUGGUUGCAGAUAUUCAGAUUGGGCCUUUCUUCCUGUGCACGAGAGUGGUGCUUAGUUUAACUAUGAACAGCCAUAUCACAUCAACAUAUCACUUAGCUCUGGUUUCCUUGGUAACUGUUGAUUUCCAAGCCUCAUUUUAGUAGCCCCCAAAUUUUAAAUUUAAACUAAUCACAUAUUAUGUAUGCCAUUCUAACAGUAAUGUUAUGACAGCAAUGUAACGAAAUCUCUUUAUCUGCAUAUCAAUUACAACAAAUUUGUUGUAUGUCGAGCUAUAAAAGUUUGUACAUUUUUUUUUUAAACUGAAUAGUGUAAAUAAAUGUAUGAACUCAGAAACACUUUUCACAACUAAAUGAUCAACUUUGCAGGGUUUUUUUAAUACAUGAAAGCUUGUUGAAUUAGCUGAUUAUGUUGAUAGCUAUGUUAGUCUGAUAGAUAACUCUCUAUAUUUAAAUAUUUAGGUCUGUGGGUCAGUUAAGGCAAUAUUUUCCCAACAAUUGUUAAAAAAAAGAUUAGUAAAAAAAAAAAUGAUUAUUAUACAAAAAUAUGCUGGAUAUAUAUGUCAUCAUGAUACAUGCAUUUAUAUACAAAGAAAAAAUAUAUAUAGUUCGGUGAUUAUGGUGCAAUAAUAGUAGGUCUAAAAUAUGUAAAGUCUCUUUUAAUUUUUAACCUUCAUAGAAGAAUAGGAAAACUGUCACUACUAAAUGAACUUUUAAAUGUUUUUUUUGUUUCUUUUGUACACAAAGUUAUGCAUAUUUUUAGAUUAACCAACUACCAGAUUUUUCAUAUGUUUACAUCAAGUGAUGUGUCUCGUUCUUAAGGCCUGGUGUGUGUCUAGUGUGUAUGCAGCAUAAUAAAACAGAGCAGGUAAUUCACUAGAACAAAUAUUUUCUGAUGAAGAACGCUUUAAUCUUUUUUGUUUUGUUUUUUUUUAACUUGGCUAUUUCAAGACAUGUCUUUUGUUUCUUUUUAAAUUAAGACUCAACUUCAGAUGUUUGUAAUCAAGAUGAUGUACAUUAUUAGUGCUAUAUUAUAUUCUUUUUUUUUUUUUAAAUCAAUUUGUAUUCUUUAUCUUUUGAUUAUUUAGGGGUUACAUUUUAGUGUAGGCAUACAUUUGAUUUACAAAGGCUAUUAAAAGAAAAAUUGUGUGGCUUGAUGUUGAUGAGAGGAUGUCCAGAUAUGGCAUGUGUGGAUGUGUGUCUGUCUGCAUAUAUUGUUACAUGUUACACUUGAAAAAAAAACUGUAAAAUUUUUAUGAUAAAAUUUUUGUAACAAUUACUUUGAGAGUGUGAGAUCAACACUUGAAGAAAUAAAUUUAUGAACAACA